UGUCCAGGUUUUGUCGAGCUAUGGCUUACAGACAACUACUUUGACAAGUAAAACCAAUGGCAAUGAUGGCAAAGCUGAGCACCUAGAGUAUAUUGCUUUUGCAUUGGUUCCUGUUUUCUUCAUCAUGGGGCUCUUGGGGAUCCUCAUCUGUCAUGUCCUUAAGAAAAAAGGAUAUCGUUGCACAACAGAGGCUGAAGAAACAGAAGAAGAAAAACUUGAUGAAAAAAUAGAAAUGAAUGAAACUAUACAUGAGAAUAGUGACACUGUGGGACAAAUUGUUAACUACAUUAUGAAAAACGAAGCAAAUGCUGAUGUGUUAAAGGCCAUGGUAGCAGAUAGCAGUGUCUUUGAACCUGAAAGCCCUUUAUCUCCUACCUCUCCUGGGAGUCCAACGAGUCCAGGGUCUCCUUUGUCACCUGGUGCUGUUCCGUUUAAACACAACUGCAAAGGCCAUCACUUCCAUACUGUUGGAGGAGUAGUAGAAAAGGAUGUUUGUACUCGUUGUAGCCACAAACGAUGGCACCUUAUAAAGCCAGCUCACAAAUCUAAAGAGCACAGAAGAAGCCGUCUUGGAGAAGUUACAGUGCUUUCUGUGGGAAGAUUUAGAGUCACAAAAGUGGAGCACAAAUCAAAUGCCAAAGAACGGAAAAGCUUGAUGUCUGUUACUGGGGUGGAGAGUGUCAAUGGUGAUAUGCCUGCCACACCUGUGAAACAGGAAGCCAGUGAAGCACCUGCCAUGCCUGUGAAACAGGAGAUGCAAGAGAGGAGAAGCUCAGAGUAAACUGCAGGUGGAACCUUUAAAAGAAGCUUGUCUGCUAGCACUUUGGAGAAAACUGAAAACUCAAGAGAUGCAUACUAUUUAAGGAAACGUGUAUAUAUGUCACUGUAGCAUUUUACAAGUUCUGUGAUGGCAUCCAUGCAAGGUUAAACAAUUACUGGUUUUUCACUAGUGAAAUUGGUAAGAUUUAGACCCUUAGAUACUGUUGAGCUGUGUGGACCUCAUGAACCUUAAAUGUUGGGCUUCAUCUU